AUGUCUGCCGUCACCUUGAUUGCCUUCGGGGGCCCCUCGUCCUCCGGCAAAACUACAGCCGCAAAGGCUGUCCAGCUGGUCCUUUCCCACGCCUCCGUCCUUCAUCUCGACGACUUCUACCUCCCGGAUGAGCUCAUCCCCGUGGAUCCGGCCACAGGCGAACUCAACUGGGACUGUCCUGAGGCAAUCGACUUUCCCAAGUUUAUUGCCCACAUCAAACGCCUCAAACAUGAAGGAAUAAGCCUGGAGUUGCACUCUAUCCAGCCUGGAGUGGACAUGAGUCUUACCCAGCAACAGAUCCAGGCAUUGGCAGACAAGGCAGACCCCUUCAAGGACAAGCCCAUCGUGCUUGUCGAUGGGUUCAUGUUGUUCCACGAUCCUGCGCUUCUUGAGCUUUUUGACGUCAGGUUGUUCUUCCAUGCGCCAUUCGAGACCCUCAAGCACCGUCGCGAGAGCAGAAAGGGCUAUAAUACCGUGGCGGGCUUCUGGGUGGAUCCUCCAAACUACUUUGCCGACGUGGUGUGGCCAGCGUACCUGCAAAGCCAUAAGUACUUGUUUGAAAAUGGUGAUGCCAAUGCAGGUGUCAACCACAGGGUACAGGAACAAUUGCGCUUCUCUGAGUUCAACAACGUGGACGGCACUUCCUUGCUGGAGUUGGUUGACUGGUCCUUGGACCGGAUCGUGGACCAUUUCAGCAGUUAA